AUGGCAAUCAAAGGCGGUUUCCUCCGCCUACUCCUAAUCCUCACCUACUUCACAGCAUUCUGCUGCGCAGCAAUAAUCACAGGUGUCUUCGCAUGGUUCACCUUCCUCCAAACCUCUUCAGAAAAAAACCUCGCCUCCCUAAUAAUAGGCGCCCUAGCCAUGCUCUACACCUCAAUCCAAACUCUCUUCGUCUGCUGCACAGCAGGAAUCACUUUCUUCGCUAUAAUUUCUAUUAUUCUGGAUGUGGUUUUCAUGGGAGGUAUGAUGGCUGUUGCGAUUAUUAAUCGGAGUGCUGUGGAUGGGGAGUGUGAAGGAAGGGGWGGGGGUCGAGAGGCUUAUUAUAGGUAUGGUGGUGGCGGUGGUGGUGGAAGGGGAAGAGGAGACGACGAGGAUGUUGGAUGUGAAGUUUACAAGACUGCUUUUGCGGUUGCUAUUUUGGGGAUUUUCAUGUUUCUUGCUGCUGCUAUUACGCAGAUGCUUGUCCGGAGGAGGAGGAGAGAACGGAGGGCGCCUGUUACUAAGGUGUAA